UUUUUUUUUUUUUCUUUCGUCUAUAAAUAGCGGAAAAUUCGGUUCGCUUUCCGCUUUAAAUUUCUCCUCUCCUCUCUCUCUCUUUACGAGUUUCUAAUAACCACUAGGAUUACAGAUGGGGGAGCUUGUCAAGUCAAGCAUGGGUCGUGGAGUAAGCAGUGGAGGUGGUCAGAGUUCUUUGGGCUACCUAUUUGGUAGUGGUGAGGCUCCCAAAUCUACUGGAGAGACUGCUGCACCAGCUCAGAAAUCACCUUCACCACUACCAGUUGACAACAAGAAGCAAAUCCCUGCAGGUAUUCAAGGGAACCUUGCAAAUAACUACCACCGUGCAGAUGGGCAGAAUUGUGGAAAUUUCAUCACGGCAGACUUCGUGUCAAACCAGCUUUUCCUGUCUUUGCAAACAUAAAGCUACUGCUGGAUCGACCUUCAACGAAGGUGCAAGCUGCUCCUGGUGGUGGUUCUUCCCUAGGUUACCUUUUCGGUGGUGGCGGCAACUGACGAGGCUCUCUGCUUGUGGCGGAGAGAAUCUGUCGAAGAAAACUAUUGCUACUUGCAGCUGUUGGGAAGACACGGUUUGCACCUCUGCAGUUGGCAAGGACUCAUGAUUGUGUAAGCUAUAAAUCAGUGUUGGAAACAGAAUUCGUUGCUUUCUAUUCUGCCCUUAAACCACUGGUCCUGGCACCAUGUUCCAUCUCCAAGUCUUGAUUAGAUGUUAAGGUAUGUUACAGAAAUCCCUUUAUGUUUAUGUUGAAAUUAUAUUUGCAUUCUUGCAGUCUUAGGUACUCUGCACUAGAUAAGAUCGUAUCAGUAGUAGUAAAGUUCAGUUGUCUCAAUUGGAGGAA